UGCGUAAUCGCUCUCUCUCUUGUACUUUUCGAUUUCAGGACCCAAGGAAUAAACAGUUUUUUCACACUUCAAUUAGGGAGGGUUUUCCAAACCUGUGUGAGUUGUUAAAGUGGUGGCAGUUUGCGCGUCCAUCGAUUAAAGUCGCUGUUGGAUGGUCUGUACCACGAAUAACGGAAAUCAUUCUAAAUCUUUAUCAUGAAGCUGGAUCAAACAAGUGAUGAGUCGUCUAAUACGUUCCUGUCGAAGGUUUGUCGCCCGGUCACUGUGAUGCACCAAACCAUAGUUGAUAAGCUCUAUCCGUAUAGGAUAACUAGAUGGCUAUUUGCACUGCUGUUAUUUGCUAUUUACGUGCUCCGGAUAGCAUCUAUCCAGGUGCGUCGAUUUAUGUUACAUAAUGUUUAUAUUCAGGGCUUCCAUAUCGUUAGCUAUACUCUCGCAAUAUAUUUAUUAAGUUUAUUCAUAUCAUUUAUUUCUCCAAAAGUAGAUCCUGCUGCUGCAGAUUAUUCGGGUAAGUGCAUGCUAUUCAUAUUCCUAAAUGGCUACUAGAUGAAAUCCCUACACUUCCACGAACUGUAGGUGAAGAGUUCAGACCAUUUAUACCAAGAUUACUUGAAUCAAAAUUCUGGUAAGACUCUGCUUCCUAACUUUUUUGUGGUAGGUUAUAUGUAUUUCGAACGUUAGUUUUAUAUCUUAAAUUAUCCAAACACGCCAUACGUAUUAGUGAUACGUAAAACAGUUCAGAAACGUAAUUCACAUGACCACUACCUUAAUUGACUAUAAUUUAGCAAAAUUUUCGUAGUAUUUUGUUUCGCAAAAGAAUACUUCCAUUAUUCAGUGGUGGAUAUAUAUGUAUCGUGCUACUCUUUUCCGUUGAUCAUGAUUAUUUCAGCAUCAUUCUGAGAAGGUUGAAAUGCUGCUGUUAGUUUUGCCAUUAAGAAUCUCAGCUGAUCUAAUUUCGUCGCUAGUUUUGUAGUGUUUUACUGUGGUGGACUACGUUUCUCAUUAUUGUCAACAUCCAUAUCGUGGAUCAACAUAUUGCUGCAAACAUCAUCUGCAACUGAAAACCAGUUUUGAAUAAAGUCCCAUCCAGCGAAUUCGACGGAGAUCUAAUGCCAAGAAAAGUCUAUCCCUGUCGGUUCGGAGUGCAUGUGGCGAUUUCCGAAGGCUUGGUAGGUUAUUAUGACACCAAAGCAUCUAGCGAGUCGCUUGAUAUAAGGACAGUCAAUAUUUAGUAUGUAGCAUUGGUACAAAAGGCGCCAAAACAUAUGCACCACAAAAAUCACUUGGCAUGAGGGCUGGAAUACUGCUCGGGCACCCAAGCUAAAGCAGACGGUUUUCUUGCCCCCAAAUGCCCUGGUGUGGCCGAGAGUGGGGUUGACCCGCCCUUCCUCUCAAAAUGAUUUCACACGGCCGCGCGUAUACGGCCUCUGCCAGGGAAGUCCUGCUCACUGCCUUCUCGUGGCGGGGGUGUUGUUCACGAAAGUGAGGGAACAAAAAGCGAAUGUCCGGCGCUUUAUCCGGAUCCCCAACCAAUGGUGCACAUGGGUUCCAGUAUCCUGCGGAAACAAAUGGCGUACGAACCAGUCGUUGGUCACCGGCUACCAUGAGACUAUUUCUCCUCACGAUGCUCCAUUACCUUGUGUGUCAGACCUUUAGGCCAAACGCUCGGGAUGUGGCCCCCUAAGAAAACCACCUGUUUCGGUUUGGGUACCCGAACAGUAUCACAGCCAACAUACAAAUAAAUUGAAAUGACGAUAUUUAUUGAAAAUUCUAUUCUCGCUUCGAUUUACAGUCAAACGAUUCACAUUAUUAUUGUUAUUUACUACGUCAUUUACUCACUCUCUUUUAUUCCCUAUUUUUCGACUUAUACAGCAGCUCGCCUAUGGUGGGAACUCGGUUCUAUCUGAACGUUCUCGAUUGACUGCCCGGUUGAAAAUUGUAUGCUAACACCAAAUACGAAUACUGAGGCAGUUUUUCUGAAACCACGUGCACCAUUCAAACUGGCUGCCUUCAACGUUCGCGCACUUAUGCAGGUCGGACAACAGAUGGGGCUGACUAUGUCUUUGGAGUCUUAAUAUCGACGUUUGUUGUCUAUCCGAGACCCGUAUUCAAGACUCUGAUGAAGUACUACAAGUUCGCUCUCCAUCUGUCGCUUCAAAAAACUUGUUUUAUGUGCGUUUGUCCGGGGACCCUGUGGCAUCUUCGUCUGGUCUUGCUGGCGUUGGUGUCGCACUAAGAGCUAGAGCUGAGGCAGCACCAAUCGAUUAGAUCCCCAUCAACAGUCGGCUAUGUGCUGUUAGAUUAGAAAGUUCCACCAAAGUGAGAAGAAAUCGGCGUGAGAAACGAUGUCUUUUCGUCAUCUCCGCCUAUGCCCCGACAGAUUGCAGCCCGGAUGCAAUCAAGUAUGAAUUCUACCAUCAGUUAACUGUUCUUCUCCAGGAAGUGCGUUCGACAGAUAUUGUAGUACUAGCCGGAGACUUGAGUGCUCAAGUCGGGCGUUUAGACACAGAAGAGAAUCGUUUGGGUGGCCUAUGGGGACUUGCUGGUCACAGGACAGAUAACAGAGACCGUCUACUGUAACUGUGCACAGACUACAACCUGUUUCUGGCUAGCACUAACUUUCGGCACAGUCAUCGCCGAUGUGCCACCUGGCGUCCUCCCUCUGCAUCUCAAGCCUGGACUCAGAUUGAUCACAUCGCGAUCAGCUACCGCUGGCGUGGUUGUGUACAAGACUGCCGCUCCUUUUGGAGUACCUAUCUGGAUUCUGACCAUGCUUUGGUUUGCGCCAAUCUUACCUUACUUUUCAGUGGUCAACGAAGUCACCGCCACCAACGGAUUGAUGUUAGCAAGCUAGUUGCAACUUCUGUUGCUAGUAAGUAUCGAACCGAGCUAGUUUCUAGGCUAGCUACCAUUCCACCGACAAGUAUAGAUGAGCAUUGGUUGCAAUUGCAUGACGCCAUGAAAAUGGCGGGUACAGUCAGUUGUGGGUUCGCGAAACGUCCCGCUUAUAAGCACUGGGUUUCUUCAGGUUCCUUACUUUGAUUAACCAAAGUGAAACCCUAUCAAGUCAUAAACUCACUGACAUCUAUUUUUACUUAUGUCUUGGUUUUGACUGGUAAAGUCUGUAGUUGUAAUCCAACCAUACAUUUCCUUUAUUAUCUGAAGAUCUUGUUUAUUGUUUUCGAUUGUUUGUUUUAAGUUACUUGGUUUUGUCAUUAACUCACUAGGUUUCUCUUCUAUUAUGCUAAUGAUAAUUGUAAUAGCCGAGUAUGUAGUCACAACAAUUCCUACAUUGCUUCCAUUUAAGUUGAUUGCCUUCAUUCCAAACUAGCUCUAUUUGGAGAGUGUGUUAAAAAUCACUUUAAAGAUACCCAACAUAUAAACCCAUCAUUCUCAUUCGUGUUAGUAAACGACUGCAUUUCCUAAUACAUUACAGGCUCUCCACCGUCCGUGCCGUUGCAAUCAGUAUAUUUUGCACAUAUCUUCCAUUCUUGGAUAUUCCAGUAUUUUGGCCGAUACUAGUAAUGUAUUUUAUAAUGUUGUUUGCUAUUAUGAUGAAGAAGCAAAUUAAGGUUUGUUUUAUCACUUUUUAUGAUAUUUACCUAUGUGCAGUUAAUAUUGCCUAUUUGUUUAAUCUACUGUUCGUCCUAUCAGUUUGUUUUAAGUUUUAUAACUCCAUUGAGUUUCACGUGGAAAACUUCAGAUAUCAAAUGCUAACUUUUCGUUACCUUUUAUUAUAUUGUUAGGUGCGAUAUUCAGGUUUUGUAGAUCAGUUCACGUACUGUAGCAAUGACUAUUUUACCCUCAGGUUUCACAGAAGAAUAUAUACAUAUGUGUUUGUUGAUAAUGUUCCAUAGUAUUGUUCUAUUCACAUAUUGAAAAGCUUUUCAAACCCUGAUUAUUUAAGAAAGACCAUUUAUCCCCCCAUUUCUUGAUAACUUAACGAGUUAAAAGUUCGAGUAGCCGGAUUACAGUUUCACUCCGUGUGAUGGUUAGUAAUGCUACCCGACCUUCGAAAUUGAAGUAGAUAGAUUGAAGUUUAAACCUGAGACCUGAUGGUUAGAAUUUGGUUACUGUGGUUAUAGAGCCACCAUUUCAAUCUGCUGUUUGUUAUUUCAUUUCAGCCACUCACUUCUAGUCAUCAUAGAACCUGGCACAAAUGUACAUUUCCCUAAGCUGCCACACUACUUCAAUAUAGCAAAAUAAAAUUAAUAAUUGGUGAAUGGGUAGUGUUAGUAUUAAUGAUAAAAUAAUUAAAUAUGGUUCU